AUGGCCGUCUAUUCUAUGACAAGCGUUAACCCUCCUCAGGGCAUGUAUGCCCAGGACUAUGAAAUGGUCGAUGCUGCCUACCAUCCGGGCAAUCCAGAACCCGUCGAGCCUCGUGACGUGACCUCCUUCCAUCCCGAUCAGCAAGCCUGGUCGUGGGACAAUCUUCCGGAUAUCCUGUAUCAACUCAAGCCCAUUGGCCCUAAGAGCAAAGUGGAACCGCCGCGCAUGAGCUAUCCGAUCCACGGGAAAUAUCUUCGAGAUCUCCCUGUCCUGCCCGAUCACAUUGCUUCAGAUGUUGAGGAAUUCCGUGUCGAGGCCUGGAUGCGAUCGGAUAGGCGCAUUCGCCUAAGCGACAUCGUCGACCGGAUGGCCGAUAAAUUCAGAAUUGCGCCCAAUGCCCUGCAGCAGCGCGGCGGCCGCUUCCGACAGGCGUUCCGAAUGCUUGCCUGGGAUUCUGGAAACAAAUUGAGCCGGGAUCUCGAAGCCGGGCUUCUCAUGGAACUCAUGGAGCAUGGAAUCGAUCCUCUGCUGAAUACUACCCGAGGUCUUACCCCCGGAUUGAUUAACCCUGCCCUUGGCGAAGCUGGGGGGCGCAUCGACCUUCCAUCUACUUACUCUCCCGAUAGGCGCAAGAAGCGCAGACGCUCGCCGCGGACUGAGCAACCAAAGCAAAUGCCUAGCAAACAGAAAAAGAAGUUGGUCAAAACGGCCCAAGCGGCGCUCCGCGUUUUUCAGAGAGUUGGACCAGCGCCCCAGAGCGUUGAGCUGCCUGCCGUGGUCUCUAGCCAUUGCAGCGUUCCUGAAUUCGAGAUGCACGGGAUGGUUAAUGUCUGCAACGCCGUCGACGAAGCCCCCGUUGUCGCCGAGGUUCCAGCAGUUGGUCAACCGAGCAUCUGCCAUGAGUGGCCAGUGUCCGUUGAAGAAGCCCAGGUUGGCCAGCUUUAUACACUCGUUCCAUUUGAAGAACAUUUGGACGAGCCAACUGGGCCGAUGCCGAUCUUUUGUCACGAUAUCCCGGAUGAUGAACUGUCCGAGACAGUCUGUCUGGAGGACAUUGAUUUGUCUCGCGGUGUCAAGAAACCGUGCCGCCGUCGGGAACCGGUGUCGAAGACGGCUGGACGCAGGGCGGCAGCCGGUAAGAGAAGACCCAACAUGUUGAGAUAUCCCGAGUCCGGAUUGAAGACUUUAUUCGACACUUUUGAUGACAGCUCGCUUCCCCCAAAGCCCAUUCACGUUCAGUAUGCACCUGGGGAGAUUUCGCAGCCCACCAACGGGCUUUACCAGAUGAAACAACCCCUUUUCCUGGGCAUGUUCCCCGCGUAUUCCCACCACAGGGUCUUUGAUUUUUGCCUCCAGUCCUACCAUAAUGGGGAAAGAUACGUCUGUGACAUGCCUGUCCUCACUACAUAAGACGAUCGCAUCUCAUCUUGCGCUUGUUUUCUUUAUUUUUUUUCUUUUUGCUCUCGUUGGCUUUUAUAACGCCUUCCUGCUUGAUUUAGCCA